AUGAAUGGUCAUCUUGAAGUAGUAAAAUAUUUACAUGAAUUAGGGUAUAAAGGUGAUAAAUGGGCAAUUAAUUGCGCUGCAAUGAAUGGUCAUCUUGAAGUAGUAAAAUAUUUACAUGAAUUAGGGUAUAAAGGAACAGAUCAAGCAAUUAUUAAUGCUGCAAAAAAAGGAAACCUUGAAGUAAUUAAAUAUUUACAUGAAUUAGGGUAUAAAGGUGAUAAAUGUGCAUUUAAUUGCGCUGCAAUGAAUGGUCAUCUUGAAGUAGUAAAAUAUUUACAUGAAUUAGGGUAUAAAGGUGAUGAAUUUACAAUUAAUAAUGCUGCAGAAUAUGGUCAUCUUGAAGUAAUUAAAUAUUUACGUUCUAUUGGAUAUAAAUAUUUACAUGAAAUUUGGGUAUAA